GCAACCUCAACGAUUUCAUCAUCUGUCGGCAAAGUUCGUUUCGCUGGCGACGUCAUGUAUGUAUCCGAUUCGCCUCUCUUUGUUUGGAAGGUCUUUCAGCAAGAUUACGCCUGCUUGGCAACGUUCACCAUCCUUGUUCUGCUGACAACACUGAUAAUACAAGCGCUGUGGUUCAAGAAGAGGUCGGUGGCUCCGGACAAACUGCUACCUCCGGGACCUCGAGGAGUUCCCUUCCUUGGUUUCCUGCCAUUUCUUGGAUCCAGCCCUCAUAUCACGUACAAAAGGCUUUCUGAAACCCAGGGACCUGUCUUGAGGGUAAAACUGGGGUCGACGAAUGUCGUCGUGCUGAAUGACCUGGACUCAAUCAAAGAAGGACUAAACAACAGCGAGGUGUUGGCUCGCCCUGCAGAUUUCCUUUUCAGAAGAGUCGGAGUGGACGGAAUUGCAAGUAUCAGCGGACAAGCAUGGGUUGAAAACCGCAGGUUCUGCAUGCAGGUGUUACGAGACCUUGGAUUCGGAAGAAAGUCCAUGGAAGAACAUAUCAAGGAGGAGAUAGCUGAGCUCUGCGAUGUCCUCAAAUCCUGGAAUAGCAGACCGGCACCAACGGCAGACGUGAUCAUGUCGAGUGUCUCGAACAACAUAACCGCUCUUGUAUUUGGAGAGCGCUACGGUCACGAUGAUCCCAGGCGGCAGUUCCUCAACCCACAAUUAAAGAUGAUCGCGCGCAACGCAAGCUUCGCUGCUGCCGGGGAUUUUCUGCCCGCCGUGUGGAAGCUGCUGUCCUACUCUUCAUUGUCUAAGUCUCGCCUCUUCAGACAAUAUAUGGACGGUCUCGUUCAUUUUAUCAGAAAAGAGGUCAACGAACAUUCUAAAACGCUAAGCGCAAACGUGAAUAGGGAUUUUAUCGAUGUUUAUCUGAAAAAGAUAAGCGAGAAUAAGGGAAGAAACUCAAGCUUCAAUCUACACACUUUGAUAGGUAACGUCCAGAAUCUGUUUGGAGCCGGAUCAAACACGGUCAGCACCAGCAUAGAAUGGAUUUUGCUCCUCUGUGCCCGGGACCCGAAAGGUGUUCAGAGGAGGCUACAGCAGGAGGUCGACAACGUGCUGGGUAGGGAGAGGGCUCCCGGAUGGGAAGACAGACAUAGGAUGCCCUAUACCAUGGCAGUAAUCUGGGAGACGCUUCGCUGGAGGACCAUAACUCCGUUGGGACUCAUCAGGGAGGCUGAACGCGAUACCAGUAUAGGCAGUUUCCACGUUCCCGCUCACACAGCGGUGAUUUUCAACUUCUGGGCAAUCCAUCACGACCCCGAGAUUUGGAGACACCCUUUCGAUUUUGACCCUACUCGCUUUUUGAAUGCAGAUCGCACUAGAUUAUUGCCGAAGCCAGCGGCGUUGAUGCCUUUCACUGCAGGAAGGCGUAUGUGCCCAGCAGAGACGCUUGCCAUGAUGGAGAUUUUCAUGUACCUGUCGACACUGAUGCAAACGUUCACGGUACUACCCAAAGAAGGGGAGACAAUUUCAUUGGAGAUUCACCAAGGAAUAAGUACCAUCCCUCUACACACCCAAGAGCUCAGAUUUCUGCCGAGAUGA